AUCAUAUCUCUAGUCACCGACUCAGAUAUUCUCGUCUCUAUGCAAUCGACACUAACAACCAUGGUGUCGUCAACUGCCAACCCGUUCCCUUCUUUCCCCUUGACCGGGAUACAGUUCCCCACAACUCCCCUUGUGUUAUCUUCUUACAAACAUGCGAAGAAGUACUCGACCCCGGGAGUCUUGAAUCACGUUCUGCGAAGUGCGGCCUUUUGCCUCCUCCUCCAGAAGAAGAUGCCUGAAUUUGCCAAGCUGGGUGAUGCACUUGACGUCGAGCUUGUCGUCGUGAGCUGUCUCCUCCACGACCUCGCUUGGACUAAAACGAAGGAGCUUGUGACGAAUACAAGGCGUUUCGAGGUCGACGGUGCCAACCUCGCUCGCGACUUUAUUGACACAACGCUGGAGAAAGAUGGCGACUGGAGCAAAAACGGCCGCCGCAUGCAGUUGGCUUGGGAUGCCAUCGCGCUGCAUACGAUGGAGGCUUUUGCGCCCUGGAAAGAGCCCGAAGUCGCGCUUGUUCACUACGGCAUUCAUGGCGACCUCCUUGGGCCGAGCCUGCACCUCCUUGGGCUGCCAGAUGACCUGCCGAACCUGAAAGGGGCCAUGACGAAUGAAGAGUUUAAGGAGAUUUGCAACGCGUUUCCGCGCAUGCAUUUUGCGGAAGAGUUUAAGGAGAUCUUCUGCGGCCUAUGCAGGGACAGGGGACGCUACACGUUCGACAGCACUGUUGUGCACUAUGGAAUGGAAUGGGGCUACGAUGGGAGAGGCACUGGAGUUGAAGAGUUCAACAAGGUGGUAGAGGAUGCCCAGCGUGCCAAGAAUCUAUACGGAGUGAUGAGUUCGAUUGAUGAGCUUGCGGAUGAGGCUUAGCUAAGACUUUUCAAUUUAUAAAAAAAAUUGAAAAGAGAAUUAUUUGCUCUAUUUGGUAGAUACCAAUGAUCUCGUCUUAGUCGAGUCACUCGUUCAGUUAGUCGUCAAUAAUGUCGACGAUUGUUGCGG